CUAUCCCGAGUCCCGACUCGCAUUGACAAUAUCAUCUUGCACCCAUUGACAGAUCGAACAUCCAAUCCUUCAUCUUGCUGGCCUUUCCUUUAGUUAUUGCACCCAAAGGUAUCUCGUAUCUUUGUCCACAUCGAUAUUGGAGGCGAUUUAGCCAUGUUGCCUCUUACCGGUCGCGCCAUUCCAGGCGCCAUCCCAAGCGCUUUUCAUGUGCGACCGUAUCUUACCCCACGUCGUUUCCGAAUUCAGCCAGUAUCAUUCCUCUCGACCUCUUCGGUCAAGUCGGCAACAGCAAUUGAACAGCGGGGACAGUCUGGUCAUGCGCUCACUGCUUCUGGCAAGGUGCGGAAAGAGGUGCCCUUGCCGAGUCAAGAGAAAAAGGAGGGUGCAAUGCAAUAUGUGCUCACCACCCUUGACCAAGUUGCUAACUGGGCGCGGCAAAGUUCUUUGUGGCCCAUGACUUUUGGCCUCGCAUGUUGUGCAGUUGAGAUGAUGCAUCUGUCAACUCCCAGAUACGACCAGGAUCGUUUAGGAAUUAUCUUCCGGGCUUCUCCGCGGCAGUCAGACGUGAUGAUUGUUGCCGGUACUUUGACAAAUAAGAUGGCUCCUGCUCUUAGACAAGUCUAUGACCAGAUGCCCGAUCCCCGCUGGGUGGUCAGCAUGGGAAGUUGUGCAAAUGGUGGUGGUUAUUACCAUUACAGUUAUUCCGUUGUUCGCGGAUGCGAUAGAAUAGUACCUGUGGAUGUUUAUGUCCCUGGAUGUCCACCUACCUCCGAGGCAUUGAUGUAUGGAAUCUUCCAGCUUCAAAAGAAAAUGAGACACACAAGGAUCACCCGCAUGUGGUAUCGCCGUUGAUCCUAAUUGAUGAUCGGCGCCAUUCAUUUCUCCAGGAGAGGGUGGGAGGGAUGAAUUCGGACAUUAAUUAUGUAGUGAAGUCCUGUGACUGCCGUAUUCAUAGGGUGGAAGAGAGAGGUACAGUCUAAUCCUUCAACAGACUUUUUAAAUGUGUUGUGUUUGGGAAGGAUAAGGAAACGUAUGGCUGGGGUGUAUUCUGUAUGAUGAAUGGGCUUUUUUCUUAGGUGCAAAAGAGUGAAUAUAUGGG